CGCAACUUGCGAUUCCCCCAUCUUGUCUCUCCCACCACCAAUUCAGCUGCCCAUGGAUUCUCCAGUACUCAGUCAGCUGUUCCGACAGCUAUUUCGGCAUCCGGCUUGUCAGUCUCUUCGACCCUCGUCUACUCUCACUGGCCGCAGGGCGCACUGCAUUCGAUUAUCCACACCACGUCAACAAUGUCGUCCUUUCCUCACGCGACGUUCGGCGGCUAAAAGGAAGUCCGCCGAUGAUGGCAUGAAUUGGAAUAAACGGGGUGAUUAUCCGAAAGAUAUCACGGAGGAACUGAAGGAAUACCCGCUUGUAACGGCUAAAGACCUGCGUCACCGUCGAGAGCGGCCGCGGCAGGUUAAGAUGUUGACUAGAGAAUUCAUUGACGAUAGUCUAUAUAACCCUCACUAUGGUUACUUUUCGAAGCACGCGACCAUCUUCAGCCCCGGAGAACCAUUCGAUUUCAAUAACAUCGAGGACGGGCCAGCCUUCCACCAGAUGUUAGGAGACCGAUAUACCGAAUUCGAAGACCGCUUAGAUGAUAUCCAACCAGACAUAGCUCGCCAGCUGUGGCACACGCCCACAGAGCUUUUUCGCCCCUACUACGGAGAGACGAUCGCCCGGUACCUAGUCUCGAAUUACAAACUGACACUGUACCCCUACCACGAUCUGAUAAUAUACGAAAUGGGCGCGGGAAACGGAACCCUGAUGAUCAACAUCCUGGAUUUCAUCCGCGACACAGACUACGAAGUCUACCAGCGCACCAAGUUCAAGAUCAUCGAGAUCUCGUCCUCGCUCGCCGGCCUCCAGUUGAAGAACCUGAUGGACUCGCUCAACGCCGCAGGCCAUCUCGACCACGUUGAGAUCAUCAACAAGUCCAUCUUCGACUGGGAUACAUACGUGCACUCCCCGUGCUUCUUCCUCGCCUUGGAGGUGUUCGACAACUUCUCCCAUGACGCGAUCCGCUACGACACCGCCACAGAACUGCCCCAACAAGGCGGUGUCUUGAUCGACGCGGACGGCGAGUUUCACGACUACUAUAAUGCGCAGUUGGACCCCGUCGCCUCGCGGUUCCUCCGCGUCAGACAGGCUGCGGCACGCCGAGAGUUCCCCAGCCCAUUGGGCCCCAGACUCACCCGCGGGCUGCGCAAGUCCAUGCCGUUCCAGCGCCCCUUUACGCUCCCUGAAUAUAUCCCUACUCGGCUCAUGCAGUUCUUUGAUAUCCUGGAUACAUAUUUCCCAGGACAUCGACUGGUCGCGAGUGAUUUUAGCGGUCUUCCUGAUGCCGUUCCUGGUAUCAAUGCGCCUGUCGUGCAGACUCGGUACAAGCGCCGGACUGUACCGGUUUCUACGCCAUUUGUUCACCAAGGAUACUUUGAUAUUUUCUUCCCCACGGACUUCAAUGUCAUCGAGGACCUCUACCGGGCCGUUACCGGGAAGUUGACGCAGGUCAUGAGCCACGAGGACUUUGUCCGACGCUGGGCGUAUAUCGAAGACACCGAGACGAGAAGCGGUGAAAACCCGCUGUUGACCUGGUACAAGAACGCCAGUAUGUUGAUGACGGUGUAAUGUAUUAGUACUUCCUGUAUAUGUGUUCAAAACGAAUGAAGUCAUAAGCAAAAGAAAAGAGAGACCGCUCGCUAUUCUACCGAGUCUUGAAUUUAG